AUGGCAGCAGCAGAACCCGCACCCGCUCCUGCGGCGAGCCGCCCCGCAUGGAAGGACGUCAGCUACGGCAGCGCAGCCGGCAUCGUCAGCAAGCUGUUCGAGCACCCGCUCGACCUGACCAAGGUCCGCCUCCAGAGCCAGCCCCUCGACCGUGCAGCCCGCUACUCUGGCCCGUGGGACUGCAUCGUCCAGACGUACCGCAACGAGGGCGUAAAGGCCUUCUGGCGGGGCGUCUCGAUGCCCGUCGCAGGCGCCAUGGCCGAGAACGCGACCCUGUUCGUCGUGUACAAUCAGACCCAGGCCCUCCUGCAGCACCUGUACCCGCCCUCGCACCCGUCGACCCCGUCCAACCCGGCCCCGCUCUCGAUCUGGCAGACGGCCACCGCCGCAGCCGUCGCCGGCGCCGCCGUCUCGUUCGUCCUCACGCCCGUCGAGCUCGUAAAGUGCAAGAUGCAGGUCUCCAACAUCGCCGCCGAGGGCUUUGCCGCCUCGCGCGCCGCACACGCCGUCGCCGGCGCCGCGCACGCCCCUGCGACGCGCGCCAUCCCCUCGUCGUUCGUGCGCCCGACGCCCGCACCGAUGCCGGGCGCCAUCUCGGUCACGCGCUCGAUCCUGCGCGAGUACGGCGUGCGCGGCCUGUGGCUCGGCCAGACGGGCACCCUCAUCCGCGAGACGGGCGGCGACGCGGCGUGGUUCACGACGUUUGAGCUCGUCUCGCGGUGGUUCAUCGAGCGGCGCGUCGCGCGCGGCGAGGUGUCGCCCAAGGACGGCGGGCGCGUCACAAAGGGCGACUUGAGCGCGUUCGAGCUCAUGACGGCAGGUGCGGGCGCCGGCAUCAUGUACAACGUCGUCCUGUUCCCGGCCGACUGCAUCAAGUCGACGAUCCAGACCGAGGACGAGUUGAGGGGCAAAGGCGAGGUCAAGGGCCCGAGGAGGGGGUUCGUCCAGGUCGGGCGCGACAUCUACUCGGCGAGGGGCAUCCGGGGCUUGUACAACGGGUGCGGCAUUACGGCGCUCCGGGCCGCACCGAGCUCGGCUCUCAUCUUCUACAUCUACAGCCGCCUCGAAGCCGCAUUCGGCUAGAGCGCCCUCUUCCUUUCCCCCCACGUCGUCGCGCACGCGCCUCUCUCCAACUCUCGCCUCGACCCGACUCGCCGCAGCUAGACCUGGUCGUCUAUCGCAGCUAGAAACACGCUCUCGUAUCGCACUAUACCCCCUAUCUCUCGAGUCGUCCCGCAAUGCAGCACAGUGCCUCGGG